AUGAGGGUCGGUGUUAAUGAGAGACUAGAGGUGUGGAGACAGACUCUCGACUCUAAGGGUUUCAGGAUAAGAAGACCUAAGACAGAAUACCUGGAGUGCAAGUUUAGUGCCGAGGCGAGCGAAGUAGGCAGAAAAGUGAAGAUUGGGUCUCAGGUCAUCGCCAAGAAGGACUGUUUCAAAUAUCUUGGGUCACUGAUUCAGGGGGACGGAGAGAUCGAUGGGGAUGUCACUCACCUUAUAGGAGCGGGGUGGUCGAAGUUAAGUCUUGUAUCAAGAGUCUUGUGUGACAAGAAAGUGCCACAAAAACUCAAGGGGGAAUUUUAUAGAGCUGUGGUUAGACCUACCAUGUUGUAUGGGGCGGAGUGCUGGCCGGUGAAGAAAUCUCAUGUUCAGAGAAUGAAGGUUGCAGAGAUAAGGAUGCUUAGGUGGAUGUGCGGGCUCACCAGGUUGGAUAAGAUUAAGAAUGAAGUUAUCCGAGAGAAGGUGGGGGUGGCCCCGGUGGACGAGAAGAUGCGAGAAGCGAGGCUCAGGUGGUUCGGUCAUAUGCGGAGGAGAAGUCCAGACGCCCCGGUGAGGAUUUGUGAGUGGUUAGCGGUGGUCGGUGUGAGGCGAGGCAGAGGGAGGCCUAAGAAGUACUGGGGAGAGGUGAUUAGGCAUGACAUGGAUAGUAUGCGGAUUUCUGAGGACAUGGCCCUUGAUAGGAUAACGUGGAGGUCUAGUAUCAGGGUUGUAGGACAGAGGCACCUAGAAUUUCUAGCACUCCUUUACCGGGAUGGGUGA